AUAGGUGCGAGCCAUCGCCAAUAUCGAUACAUCGAUACGCGAGCAGAGUCAUAGCAUAGGGAAAAUAUACACAGCGAAAAGUAAAGUGCGAAUCAGUGCGUUUUCCUGGUCAUCGAACAGCCGAACCCAAAGUAGAAUCCCCAUGUCCGGCUCCGGUCUCGACGAGAAUCCCUUCGGGGAGCCCAACCUGGACAAUCCGUUUGCGGAUCCCGCCAUCCAGCAGGCACAGCAGGCAUUCCGGGGCGGCGCCGCGCUCGUCUCGCUGGAGGAUUACAACCCCUUCGAGGAGCAGGCGAAGCCGCAGCUGCAGAUAAACUCGACCAACACGGCGGCCGUCGUCCAGCCGCUCUCGCAGAACAUUCCGCCCCCGCAGACCAGCUCCCUGGGCGCCUCGGCGCCGAGCACCAGCAUACAGAUCACCUCGGAGGAGCUGCAGCGCCGGCAGGAGGAGCUGGACCGCAAGGCCGCCGAGCUGGACCGCCGGGAGCAGCAGCUGCAGGGCAAUGUGCCGCAGCUGAACAACUGGCCACCGCUGCCCGAUAACUUCUGUGUGAAGCCUUGCUUUUACCAGGACUUCGAGGUGGAAAUACCGCCCGAGUUCCAGAAGCUGGUCAAGCGAUUGUACUACAUUUGGAUCUUUUACACCAUGACGUUGUUGGCCAACGUGAUCGGGGGUCUCAUUUUGCUGUUCCAUGCUGGCGAAUUCGAAACCUUCUUCCUGGCCAUCUUCUACACGAUGCUCUUCUCGCCCGCCUCGUAUGUCUGCUGGUUCCGUCCGGCGUACAAGGCAUUCCGCAACGAUUCGAGCUUCAACUUUAUGGUCUUCUUCUUCAUCUACUUCUUUCAAACGCUGUACUCCAUUGUCCAGACGGUGGGCAUCAGCAAGAUGGGCUACUGCGGCUUCAUCACGGCCAUCGAGCAGUUCGAUGGCCAAGCGUCGGGCAUCAUCGUCGGCAUCCUGCUGCUGCUCGUGUCCUGCUGCUUCGCAACGGUGGCCGUGGCCAAUGUGCUGAUGAUCACCAAGAUCCAUUCGAUCUACCGCAGCACAGGGGCCAGCAUGGCCAAGGCCCAGGCGGAGUUCACCACCGAGUUUCUGCGCAACCAGCAUGUCCAGGAGGCGGCCUCCUCGGCCGUCAACACGGCCAUCAAUUCGCAGUUCAACAACAGCAGGUACUAAGGAGAUCUGAUCAAAUCAAAAGGGAGAAUCAAUCAAUCAAUCAGCCACGAACUCAAGCACUCAUCCUGCUAAACUGGAACAGAAAGAGAUGGUAGAGAAAGAGAGAGAGAGAGAGAGAGACAGGGAGAAGAAACAUUUAAUAAAUAUAGAAAUAUAGCUUGAAAAUAAAAAGGCAAGAAAUAAUUCAACUAAAGCAAGCAUUGGAGCAUGGAACUAAUAACUAAUUGCUUUUGUGCAUAAACAAUUCCUAGAAUGCCGUCGUCUUUAUUACAAAUAAUUACUGUAAUGAUAACACACACAAAAACACACACAAUGCAUUAACAAUAUUUAUAAACAGAGCGAAACUGAACUUAGAACUUAAACUAAAAACUAAAGCUAAAAAAGUGAAAAAAUGAAAACUAAAGCGGCCCCCGAUGCCUUCGAUACACAACAGCUGCAGCGGAUUGGGAGGACAGGACAUCUUGAUCGCAAUCCAAAUACAAUAUCUAGAGUAAAUUAUUGUGUGUGUGUGUCCUGUGGAAUAAUUGCAUUCGGAAAUUAACCCAGAAACGAGAGACGCUGCUGCUGCUGCUGCUGAUGAUGAUGAUGUUUUCUAGUUCUUUAAGUCAUUAAAACGAUAUAGGAAUAUCCCCCGUCCCCCGUCCC